AAAUUUCUCCACGCUGACACUUCACUCGUGUCUGAUCUCUUUCUCUCUCUUUUUUGGAUUUGAUUUAAAAAAUUAAAAUAGCAAAAAUAGAGGAAAAAAAUAAAAAGAAAAAAAAAAACAGGGCAGAAAUGUCGGAGCCAAAAGAUCCGGCGAUCAAGCUCUUUGGGAAGACGAUUCCUCUUCCGGAGGCUUCUCCGGCCACUCCUCAGCUUCCAUCUUCUUUACCUAUUCUCACAGCCAGUGACAAGAACACCGCCGCUGUUAAUCAUGACCACGAUUCUUCUUCUUCAAGCUUGUCACCGGAAGGUAAUAUCGAUGGGGAUGGUGAAGAUCUGGAGGUCGAUAAGGAGACUGUAAGAGAGAAAUCAGGUGAAACUAAGCUGGAAGAUGGGGAUGGAGAUGGAGAUGGAGGCUUAUCUGGUUCGACCGAAGAGUUUACAAAUUCGGAUACUUCUGCCAUGAGAUCGGAUAAUUCUAAAGUACUUUCUGGUGAGGAAAGUAAUCCGUCGAGUACUACAAAGACUGAUGAACAGAAUGAAACAAGUAACUCGCAAGAGAAGACUCUUAAGAAACCCGACAAGAUACUUCCGUGCCCCCGCUGUAACAGCAUGGAUACUAAGUUCUGUUACUAUAAUAACUACAAUGUUAAUCAACCGCGCCACUUUUGUAAGAACUGUCAAAGGUAUUGGACUGCUGGAGGGACAAUGAGGAAUGUUCCUGUGGGUGCAGGGCGUCGUAAGAACAAGAGUUCUGCCUCUCAUCAUCGUCAGAUUAUUGUUUCAGAAGCGCUUCAGCAUGCUCGAACUGAUGUUUCUAAUGGUAUUCAUCAUUCUACCCUGAAACCGAAUGGCAAUGGUAAUGUAUUGGCAUUUGGUUCAGACGCCCCUCUUUGUGAAUCAAUGGCUUCCAUUUUGAACAUUGCUGAUAAAACAAGGCAGAAUAGUACUAGAAAUGGCUUUCAAAAACCUGAAGCUCUGAAAAUUCCUGUGGCUUAUGAGAAUGGUGAAAAUGAUGAUCAGUCUCAGGAAUCUGCUGCAACUCCAUCAUUUAUAGAUAAUGAAGAAGGCAAGACUGGGCCACAAGAUCAAGUGAUUCAUAAUUGUCAAGGCUUUUUACCUCCUCAGAUUCCAUUUUUCCCUGGGGCUCCUUGGCCUUACCCUUGGAAUUCACCACAAUGGAGCUCUCCUGUUCCACCUCCUACUUUCUAUUCACCAGGCAUUCCCAUGCCAUUCUAUCCGACUGCCCCGUUUUGGGGUUGUACGGUUCCUGGCGCCUGGACCGUUCCAUGGGUUACCCAGCCGCCAUCUCUGAACCCUGUUGCCCAAAACCACGCUCCCAACUCUCCAACCUUGGGGAAACAUUCAAGAGAUGAGAAUGUAACCAAGCAGAGCGAUUUUGGGGGAGACGAGCAGCAGAAAGAUAACAAAGCUGAGAGAUGCCUUUGGAUACCAAAAACGUUGAGAAUCGACGACCCUGGUGAAGCAGCUAAAAGCUCCAUAUGGGCAACUUUAGGAAUCAAGAAUGACAAGACUGAUCCAGUCAGUGAAGGGCUUUUCCAGGCUUUUCAAUCAAAGAAGACCGACGAAAAGAAUCGCAAAGCGGAAGCCUCUCCAGUCUUGCAAGUCAAUCCAGCUGCAUUGUCCAGAUCAAUCAAAUUUCACGAAAGCUCGUAAAUGGAUACAACAAUGCUUUUCCCCGAACGUGCCAUCAAAGUGUUCGCUGCAGCCCAUAUGGAUGGUACACGUUUAAACCAACUUACAACUACCUCGAGUUCAUCCUUCUGUUUCAAAUCUGUAUAAAUCAUUAGAUCCAUCCAAGGAAAAGAACUGUAGAUCCUAUGGCGGUUACCUUCUAGAAGAAAAGCCCUCGAGUUUCCGUAGCGAAAAUGACUUUAGUUUUUAUUGUGUACUUGUAGUGUUGAAGUAGAUGGCACAUUUUGUUUGUAGUCUGAAGUUUUUUCUGAAUCAUGAUGUACAUAUAUAUAUAAAUGUGUGGGAACCAGGAAGAGUUAGUACAGGAGUGAGUGAGGUGUAGUAGUAGUACCAAUAAUAACUAAAAUGUGUACUUGAAUAAUCUUUUAGAAAUAAAUUUUAAAAGAACUGAUCUUACA